AAAAGUAACUUUUCAUAAAUUGUCCACGCGUGAAAAUCGAAAAGAUAAUUUCUCUGAAGAGAUUAUUACGGAUGCUGUGGAAAUUUGGGGAUGGGUGGGUCGUCAAUCGAAAUUCAACGAAAGUGACGAAAUUGAAAAGAUGAAAAAUAAAUUCGUGAUAGUGUAAUUGGGCUGGUCAAUCGAACGCGCUGAUAUCUGUGGAUGUAUUGGUGAUUCCCUCCUCGCCCCGAGGCGUGUAUUUGAGUGGCCGAGGGAGUCGGUGAUAUGAGCCUUUUGAUCCACAUCGUGGUUCCCUUGCUCGUUUCCACCUCGUGUACACGAUUAUCCAAACAAUCCAACGUCACGUUACCGUCGACGAUCGCAGACUCUCGGCUACAGCCCGACCAAACCGAUCCCCCGCAUACCAUCCUAUAUAAAGUGACAAACUUGCACGUUUUGUCGUACUAGUUGACGUGCGCCAUCACUUGACAAGAGACCCGUCCUGGUAUCACCGGUGGAAAAUACCAAAUUGCACAUUCAAACCAAGUGCCAAGGAAUGGAGAUUAAUUAAAAGGAAUCAUCAUCACCGGAAAUUCGUUGGUCUGCCUAACUCAACUACCGGCUAGUCGCCCCUUGUCACCUCAUCGUUUUUCAUCAAGUUCUUCUCUUGCAGAAACAUGGAUUAUUGUCUCAUAUUACUCUGCCUUGCCGCCACUUUUCAACAUUCAUUCUCACUGCCCCAAGGAUCCACCGACUAUGAGGACAUGUCAUUCUGGAUGAAAUCUGGUCAGGCGAAUCUGCAGAGGGUGUUGGGUAUGAGAAAUAUUGAAAAACGGGCGAAAAACAUAAUAAUAUUCAUCGGUGAUGGUAUGGGAAUGGCAUCAAUAACAUCAGGAAGAAUAUUAACUGGUCAGCGGAGUGGUUUAGCCGGUGAAGAAUACAAAUUGGUAUUUGAAGAUUUUCCCAACACUGGAUUUUCCAAGACUUACAACGUGGACAAACAGGUGCCCGAUUCUGCUGGUACAGCGACCGCAAUAUUUUCCGGCGUCAAAAGCCGAUACAAAGUCAUUGGUUUAGAUGCCAAGGCCUCUUAUAACUCCUGUGACGCGACUGUCAACGAAGCGAGAAAACUCACAACCUUGGCAGAUUGGGCUCAAGCAACUGGCAUGGAUACAGGUUUUGUGACAACAACUAGGAUAACCCACGCCACCCCAGCAUCACUUUAUGCUCAUAUAAAUAAUCGAGAUUGGGAGUGCGACAGUAAUAUACCAAGGGAAUACAAGAAUUGUGCUAAAGACAUUGCACGACAGUUGAUUGAAGAUGCCCCCGGAAAUAAAUUUAAGGUAAUCAUGGGAGGUGGGGGUCAGAAUAUGGGCCAUCCUGUGAACGAUCCCCUCGACUCCGAGAGCUGUACGAGAGAUGAUUCAAAAGAUUUAACAGCUAUCUGGAAGAAAUUCAAUCCACACGGAAAAUUCGUAACGAAUGCGUCUGACCUCAUGUCCAUUGACAUCGCCAAGACCCCAAAGCUCAUGGGGAUAUUCGCUUCGAGUCAUAUGCCCUAUCACGAAGUCAGAACCGAGAUGACUCCAACAUUGGCAAACAUGACACUCCAAGCCGUACGAAUGCUGCGAAAAAACAAGAAGGGAUUCUUCCUCAUGGUUGAGAGUGGAAAAAUCGAUAUAGCACAUCAUCAGAAUUACGCGAGGUUGGCACUUCGCGAAGUGACAGAGCUGGAGGAAUCGGUCAAGAUUGCCCUGAGUCAGGUGAAUAUCGAGGAAACAUUGAUCAUCGUCACAGCUGAUCAUUCCCACAGUUUCACGAUGAAUGGAUAUCCAACGCGAGGAAAUGAUAUUUUCGGACUCGCCAAUAAUCGACUCGAUCCGAAAAUAAAGCCUUAUGAAACGCUGACCUACGCCAAUGGUCCAGGUUUCAUGUAUCAUAGACUGAAUAAUACCAAUUCCACUGAUAUUUGGAGAAGUGUCAAGGACGAUUCCAAUAGACAGAAGCCCUUCUACAGAUUCUUCUCACCAAUGUACCUGAAGGAUGACACACAUGGUGGUGAAGAUGUCGGAGUUUAUGCUAUUGGACCCUAUUCACAUCUCUUCAGAGGUACCUUCGAACAAAAUUACAUCGCUCAUGCUGUGGCAUAUGCCAGUUGCCUGAAAGAUUGGCCAUCCCACUGUGAUCGUGCUUACAAUCGAUUCUUCUACGAAGUUGCAAACUCUUCCGGAAGUAUAUCCUCCACUCGCAUUCUCACCGUUGUCCUCACUAUAAUUUUCGCCAUGUUUCGUUUGACUUGAGAGUGAGAAAAAUUCCAACAUUUCUCCCACUUUUGUAGCGAAUUUUAAAUCUUUUAUUCACAUAACGGAAUUUCAAAUUAUGUCACGAAAAAGACACUACAUCAAUCAUUCCCUUAGUUUCUAUUUUACUAGUGAACUUAAUUAGAUCAUAAAAAUAAUCGACAUUCCAUCAAAGCACGAAAACACGUUUCCUGAAGAAAAAGUGCUAUUUUAUAUCGAGAGUAUUACUCGUGCAAUGAGAUUUUUUAAGGUGUGCUUGAUGAAUGAGCUAGAGAUAACAUGCUAAACAUUUUCCUAGUAUUAUUGUAAUUUGCUCAUUCGUGGCGAUGCAAGAGGAGAAAAUGUUGAAGCAAAACGGGUGAAUGGGCAGCCAAUGGAUUUAAUUUAAUGAGCGUGAGUGUCGAUAUUUUGAAUAGGCACUGGAAUACAUAUCAAAUAUUUUAUAUAAAUAAGUUUUUAUCCCAGCUCAUGUAUUUGUGUUUAAAUUGGUCACAUUUUUGC